AUGAUGUUGAGACAUAAUUUGCUUUUAGGUAGAAGACUAUUUAAUACUAAAACUAGUACUUUGUUGCUACAAAACUCCCCUGUUAGAAGGUUUCCAAGGGUCAGGGUUGUGCACCCUGUCAAGGAAUCAAUUACAUCUAGCCCUGUUGGAAUGGGAAGUAUGAAUGAUGUCAUAAUUGAAGAGCAUUCACCUAUUGCAACAACAAUUUUGAAUGAACCAACGAUCGUUAUCGAGAGACAAAUUGAAAUGAUGAACGUUGUCCUAGGUUUUGAGCAGGCAAAUCAAUACGCGAUUAUGGAUGCAUUGGGCAACAAGAUAGGUUUUAUGCAAGAGAGGGAUUUUGGUUUCUUUAAAGCCGUCACAAGACAAAUAUACCGGUUGCAUCGUCCAUUCACUGUUGAUGUAUUUGAUAAUUUUGGUAACAUUUUGAUGACCAUUCGUAGACCAUUUUCAUUUGUGAACUCCCAUAUUAAGGCGGUUUUACCAGACGAAAAUGGAACUAUAGUAGGUGAAUCUGUUCAGAAUUGGCAUCUGUGGCGUCGUAGGUACCAAUUAUUUCAAAGGGAAUAUGAAAACCCCCUUGAAUUCACUCAGUUUGGUAACAUUGAUGCUCCCUUCCUCAGUUUUGAAUUCCCGGUUACGGAUGAGAACAACAAAAUUAUCGCUAGUUGUGACAGAAAUUGGGUAGGAAUUGGCAGAGAACUAUUUACUGAUACAGGUGUCUAUAUUGUACGAUUUGACUCCCAACAAUCGUUCCAAGGCGUAUACCCUGAUGAAUUUAUAAGUGAUAAAGUGCUCAACUAUGACCAGAGAGCCGUUAUGUUAGCGAAUGCAGUCUCAAUAGAUUUUGAUUACUUCUCUAGACAUUCUCGUCAUGGAGGCGGUCUGUUGUCGUUCGGAACCUAUGAUGAAUGA